GCCAACUACAAAGGAGAGAGAGACAGAGAGAGAGAGAGGGAGCAGGGAGGAGAGCACAGAGAGCAUGGGCAGCUCAUCAGGGCUCGUCGACUGGAGGGGGAGGCCGGUUAACACCAAAAGGCAUGGCGGAGUAAGAGCUUCAAUCUUCAUUCACGCUCUGGUGCUGCUCAGCAAUGCUGCCAACAUAGCCAGCAUCAUGAACCUGGUGAGCUACCUCCGCGGCACGAUGCACAUGGGGGUAGCGGAGGCCUCCACGACGGCCAGCAACUUCUUCGCCUCGCUCCAGAUGUUCUCCAUCCCAGCAGCGUUCCUUGCCGACUCCUACAUCAAGCGCUUCUACACCGUCCUCAUCUUCGUCCCCAUUGAGAUUCUGGGCUACAUCCUUCUAGCAGUCCAAGCGCACGUCCCAUCCCUGCACCCGCCGCCGUGCAGCCCAACAGGCCAGCAGACCUGCAAGCCGGUCAGUGGCUCCAACCUGAGCCUGCUCCUCCUGGGCCUCUACCUCAUCCCCAUUGGCGACGGCGCGGCGCGCGCAUGCCUGCCGGCGCUGGGAGGCGAUCAGUUCGACACCGCCGACCCCGUCGAGAAGCGGCAGGAGGCGAGCUUCUUCAACUGGUACACCUUCGCCGUGUCCUCGGGCGGGUUCGUCGGGCUCGUGCUCAUCGUGUGGGUGGAGAACAGAAGAGGAUGGGAUGUCGGCUUCACCGUGUGCGCUCUGUGCGUGCUGCUGGGCAUGCUGAUAUGGAUCGCUGGGUUCCCCUUCUACCGGAACCAGAUGCCCGGUGGAAGCGCCAUUACAAGGAUCCUGCAGGUUCUUGUGGUAUCAUUCAAGAAAAGAAAAGUUCAGUUACCAGAGAGCGCCAGUGAACUGAAGAAAAUGAGCCAAGAUGAUCACAAUAUUAUCCCCGAAGAGUUGCAAAGGACAGAGGGCUUUCGGUGCCUCGAGAAAUCUACCGUGGACACCGGAGAGACAGGGCCGUGGUCACUCUGCACCGUAACCCAGGUGGAGGAGACCAAGAUCGUCCUCCGGAUGGUGCCCAUCUUCCUCAGCUCCAUCCUGGGAUACAUCCCGGUGCCGCUGAUCCUCAACUUCACCGUGCAGCAGGGGAACACCAUGGACACCAAGCUCGGCAGCAUCCACAUCUCCCCAGCCACGCUCUUCGUCAUCCCCACCGUCUUCCAGAUGGUCAUCCUGGUCCUCUACGACCGCUUCAUCGUCCCCUCCCUGCGCAAGAUCACGGGGUACGUCGGCGGAGUCACGCACCUCCAGCGCAUCGGGAUCGGGUUCCUCUCAGCAGCCCUGGCCACCGGAGUCGCCGCCAUUGUGGAGAUGAAGAGGAAGAGCGUCGCGGAGGAAAACAGCCUCAUGGACGCGACCACCGGGAUUCCGAUAUCGGUCUUCUGGCUAACGGUGCAGUUCUUCCUCCUCGGGGUGGUGGACGUCACCUCCUUCGUGGGGCUCCUCGAGUUCUUCUACAGCGAGGCGUCCAACGGGAUGAAGUCUGCGGGGAGCUCCAUCUUCUACUGCAUUCUCGGGGUGUCGGCUUGGCUUGGGAGCCUGCUGAUCCAGGUGGCGAAUCGGGUCACGAGGCGUGCAGACGGCACUGGAGGGUGGCUGGAUGGGACUAACCUGAACAUGGGCAAGCUUGACAGGUUCUACUGGCUGCUUGCUGUUAUUGAGCUCGUCUCGCUCUUCAUCUACAUGUUCUUCGCAAGGAGGUAUGUCUACAGGAAUAACCAAAAGGUUGUGGAUGCUCAAGAUACGAAAGAUACAUCGGAAGGUGCUGCGGGUGAUCUGAUUAUCUAGAUGUAUGUAGUAUAUGCUACAUACCAGACUAGAAAUGCGAACUUCAUGUUUAAUGUAAAACGACCACCAAUUUUUCUCGUUUUUCUUUCCAGAGGACUACCCAAUGUCUUUUGAGUUUUGUGUGGAAAAAUCUG